GUGGCAGAGAGCGAACCCAAAACUAGAGCUACCUUCCCUUCAAACCUUCCACUCUUCUCUCCUUUUCCAAUCAAGGGAAUAAUAUUUCUUAGAGAUAUUCCGAAACCAUGGCUCACGCCAAUCCUAUGAUUUUUGUUGUUGGAAUUCUAGGUAACCUUGUCUCCUUCUGUUGCUUUCUAGCACCAGUACCAACAUUCUAUCGAGUUUGUAAGAAGAAAACCACGGAAGGUUUCCAAUCACUUCCUUACGUGGCUGCACUCUUCACUUCAAUGCUUUGGAUAUUUUAUGCUUACAUAAAGACGGGCGAAAUACUUCUCAUCACCAUUAACGCAUUCGGUUGUUUCAUAGAGACAGUUUACCUUGUCAUCUAUAUCACUUAUUGCCCCAAGAAAGCUAGGUUCUUUACCUUCAAGAUGAUUUUCUUGUUCAACGUUGGAGUGAUUUUCUUGGUAGUUCUUCUUACCCACGUUCUAGCAAAAGAACGAACAGCCCGUAUCGAGCUCCUUGGGUGGAUUUGUGUUGUCCUCUCUACCAGUGUGUUUGCAGCACCUUUAAGCAUCAUUAAAGUGGUUAUUCGUACCAAAAGUGUAGAGUUCAUGCCUAUUACUCUGUCACUCCUCCUCACAGUAAGUGCAAUGAUGUGGAUGGCAUACGGUAUUCUCCUGAGGGACAUCUAUGUUACACUUCCGAACUUUGUGGGUAUCACAUUUGGAACAAUUCAGAUAGUGCUCUACUUAAUAUACAGAAAGAACAAGCCCGUUAAGGAUCAAAAGCUGUCAGAACACAAAGACGAUGUUGCCAAUGAUGAAAACGUCAACACAGCUGUGAGCGGUGAGAAUCGGGGAGCAAACGCCACUGGAUUCGUUGAUAUUGAGAUUGGAGAGAAGAAGCAAGUUCAGGAACAAGCAGACAAAAAACAGGACCAGCAAGCUGUUAAUGCUCGUGACCAAACAGAACACAACAACAAUAGCAACAAAACAAGGGAAGGUUGAGAAAUUUAAUGAAGGGAUACAUGUGCACGUGUUAUGCCUCUCUCUCUCUGCCACCAUGUGUUGUUCAAUUCGUGUGAAAUCUUAAGAGGGUUAAUGGGGGCAGAGGCGUUAUACAAUAUAGGUCGAUAUCUAUGUCUAUAUCUCUUUUGCCUAGUUGUUACUUUCUAUUUUAUGUAACCUCUGUUUUGUUUUCUGUGUUACGUUGAAGUAAUCAAAUAAUACAAUAGAAAUUGUCCCCAAAUCUUAUUCGGAGGAGCUAUUGCAUGAACCGAUUGAAUCUGCAUGAAUAGAUACUGAUUAUGUUUCUUCA